CUUCGAGGGAGGGCGCCGGAAGUGACGCGAGGCUCUGCGGAGACCAGGAGUCAGACUGUAGGACGACCUCGGGCCCCACGUGUCCCCGGUACUCGCCGGCCGGAGCCCCCGGCUUCCCGGGGCCGGGGGACCUUAGCGGCACCCACACACAGCCUACUUUCCAAGCGGAGCCAUGUCUGGUAACGGCAAUGCGGCUGCAACGGCGGUGAGUGCUGAGCCGGUGACCAGCACACUUUGGGCUUCUGGACGAGCCGUGCAGCGAUUGGCCCCAGGAAGAAAACAGCCCAAAGAUGAGAGUGAUUCGCGUGGGUACCCGCAAGAGCCAGCUUGCUCGCAUACAGACGGACAGUGUGGUGGCAACAUUGAAAGCCUCGUACCCUGGCCUGCAGUUUGAAAUCAGUGAGUUUUCUGGAAAGGAGUGGAAGCUAAUGGGAAGCCCAGUACCCCGAGAGGAGAGAACACAACAUUUCUGGCUUUGCCUAUACCUAAAGCCCGUCCCGCUGCCCCAAGAUUCCUUCUGGGCUGCUCCCACUUCCGAAGUUGCUAUGUCCACCACAGGGGACAAGAUUCUUGAUACUGCACUCUCUAAGAUUGGAGAGAAAAGUCUGUUUACCAAGGAGCUUGAACAUGCCCUGGAGAAGAAUGAAGUGGACCUGGUUGUUCACUCCUUGAAGGACCUGCCCACUGUGCUUCCUCCUGGCUUCACCAUCGGAGCCAUCUGCAAGCGGGAAAACCCUCAUGAUGCUGUUGUCUUUCACCCAAAAUUUGUUGGGAAGACCCUAGAAACCCUGCCAGAGAAGAGUGUGGUGGGAACCAGCUCCCUGCGAAGAGCAGCCCAGCUGCAGAGAAAGUUCCCGCAUCUGGAGUUCAGGAGUAUUCGGGGAAACCUCAACACCCGGCUUCGGAAGCUGGACGAGCAGCAGGAGUUCAGUGCCAUCAUCCUGGCAACAGCUGGCCUGCAGCGCAUGGGCUGGCACAACCGGGUGGGGCAGAUCCUGCACCCUGAGGAAUGCAUGUAUGCUGUGGGCCAGGGGGCCUUGGGCGUGGAGGUCCGAGCCAAGGACCAGGACAUCUUGGAUCUGGUGGGUGUGCUGCACGAUCCCGAGACUCUGCUUCGCUGCAUCGCUGAAAGGGCCUUCCUGAGGCACCUGGAAGGAGGCUGCAGUGUGCCAGUAGCCGUGCAUACAGCUAUGAAGGAUGGGCAACUGUACCUGACUGGAGGAGUCUGGAGUCUAGACGGCUCAGAUAGCAUACAAGAGACCAUGCAGGCUACCAUCCAUGUCCCUGCCCAGCAUGAAGAUGGCCCUGAGGAUGACCCACAGUUGGUAGGCAUCACUGCUCGUAACAUUCCACGAGGGCCCCAGUUGGCUGCCCAGAACUUGGGCAUCAGCCUGGCCAACUUGUUGCUGAGCAAAGGAGCCAAAAACAUCCUGGAUGUUGCACGGCAGCUUAACGAUGCCCAUUAACUGGUUUGUGGGGCACAGAUGCCUGGGUUGCUGCUGUCCAGUGCCUACAUCCCGGGCCUCAGUGCCCCAUUCUCACUGCUAUCCGGGGAGUGAUUACCCCAGGAGACUGAACUGCAGGGUUCAAGCCUUCCAGGGAUUUGCCUCACCUUGGGGCCUUGAUGACUGCCUUGCCUCCUCAGUAUGUGGGGGCUUCAUCUCUUUAGAGAAGUCCAAGCAACAGCCUUUGAAUGUAACCAACUCUACUAAUAAACCAGUUCUGAAGGUG